GACGGGUCAGGCCAUCUCUGAAGAAGAAAAAGGAGAAGAACGAAAAGAACAAGAGGAGGAAGAUGAGAUCUCUUAUUGCAUUGAUGAUUUUUGGAGUGGCCGUGGUGGCUGCGUUGCCCGGCGAGCGGAUCGUUGGCGGGUACGAGUGCAGACCCAACUCCAAGCCCUACCAGGCCUCCCUGAACUACGGGUACCACUUCUGUGGGGGGGUCCUGAUUAACGACCGCUGGGUGCUCUCCGUCGCCCACUGCUGGUACAACCCCUACGCCAUGCAGAUUGUCCUGGGGGAGCACAACCUGCGCAUCGUGGAGGGCACGGAGCAGGUGAUGAAGACGGAUAACAUCGUGUGGCACCCCAGCUACGACUACCAGACCCUGGACUACGACAUCAUGCUGAUCAAGCUGUUCCACACCGUCACCGUCAACAGCUUUGUGCGGCCGAUCAGCCUGCCCCGUGGCUGCCCCACUGCCGGGAUGGACUGCUCAGUGUCCGGCUGGGGCAACACACUCUCCAGCGGGGUGUACCUGCCCCUCACCCUGCAGUGUCUGGACCUGCCCAUCCUGAGCGAUGCUGACUGCGAGGGCUCCUACCCUGGCAUGAUCUCUACAAAUAUGGUGUGUGCCGGCUUCCUGGAGGGGGGGAAGAGCCCCUGCAAUGGUGACUCGGGGAGCCCCCUGGUCUGCAAUAACGAGGUGCAUGGCCUGGUCUCCUGGGGGAACGGCUGUGCCCAGAAGAACCACCCUGUGGUCCACACCAAGAUCUGCUCCUUUCUGCCCUGGAUCCAGAGCACCAUGGAGCUGAAUUGAGAAGGAGUGCGGGGUGAGGGGGGCGCAGCGUGCACGCACAGAGCCCGGCUUUCUACAAGAGGGUUAUUUGAAAACUCACUCAUCUGAUGUGAUGGUAGAGAAUCAAACAAAUA